AUGUAUCCCUCCUUUCUGCACACGCCCGUCAUCCAUCUGCUCAACGCCGAUCCGCGUCCAUCCUUCGUCGUUGCCCUGGCCCCGCACCCCGCGGCCGUUGUUUUCACGAACCCGGCCCUGGAUGCUGAUGCCACCAUCUCGGACCUUGUCAACGCCCGCAACGAGGGCCUUUGGGACUUGAUAACCGGCCGAACCCCGGCCUCGCCGUCGUGCUUCGUAUGCUGCGGCAUCUCGUGGACACGCUUUGUCGUCGAGGAACAAUGGGCCGUUGUCGGUGCAAACGAGAUGCCCCCCGGAAAGCUCUUGUCUGAGCCGCCGCUACACACGACACGGCUCCGUGCCAUUGAUCCUACCAGAAGCCCGCUGCCCCCAGGGCGUGAUGUACCCACCGCCGAGUCUGUCGGUCUCGGGAACACAGCCCCCGUGUCUUCUGCGCAAUCUGUCUCGCGCCCCGACUAUGAGACCCUCGGCCGCAAGAUCAAGUCUACGCCGGUCGUCCUGCCACAGAGCCUGACGGAAGGGCUAUUGACGGUGCCCGAAGCUGCUGUCAGUUCUUCGUCUCGCUCAAACUCGGAUCCGGGUUGGAUUUUGCCCAAUGAGUCACCGGAGCAACGUCCGUUCCUGGAAGUCAUCAAUGAUGUCGACUGGGCGGCUAACCCUCUGGGCGAAAUGAAGUGCUGGCCUCCAAGACUGGAACAGACGUUCAAGCAAAUCCUCGUUGACAGCCGCCCAGUCGCCAUUUAUUGGGGACCGUCCUUUACAACCAUCUACAACGAGGCUUUUAGCAAACUUUGCGGUUCCAAGCACCCUGCGAUGCUCGGCAUGCCAGUGGAAGAUGCAUGGCAGGCGGAAGGCCAGCGCCUGAGAGAUACGAUGCAAGGCAUUUCUGGAACAACGCAGAUGACGGCCCUGGAGGACGAGUGGAGAGUCUUUGUUGAGAGGGAGUCUGCCGUGCCAGGACAACCCCACUGGCUCGAGGAAACUUAUCUCAAGGGGUCCAUCAUCCCCAUCCUAGAGAACAGUGAAUGCCUUGGCUUCCUGCAUCCAGUGGCGGAGACGACAAGAAUACGACUCUGGGAAAGACGGAUGGAGAUGCUCAUCAGCCUCGGAGAGUCGCUCGUCACUGCUCGCGAUGUGGAAAGCUAUUGGGAAGAGACCCUCCAGCAGUUCGAUGCAGUAGAAUCCCGCUGCGACAUCCCUCUGGCGAUCCUAUACAGCGUGGGGGAAGAUCCAGACACGAUAGAAGCCACGCCUCCUCGUCCACCCUACCCCUCGACUAAAGUCUGUCGCCUUGAAGGAGCACUUGGCGUCCCGGAACACCACCCGAUUGUCCCCGACACGCUCAACUUACAGACCGGCAGCGAGACUCUGUCCUCCUUAUUCAGGGAGGCAAUAGAAGCCCGUCAUCCUCUCCUGCUGCAAACGGCAGAUGGAACUCUCCCCCAGGCGCUUCUUGAGGGGCUGCAGUGGCGAGGAUACGAAGCAGAUCCAUACAGAGCUGCUGUGAUUUGCCCGAUCCGGCCGACAAGGGAGGAGAACGUAAUGGGUCUUCUUCUCCUUGGUCUCAACCCCCGGCGUCGCUAUGACAACGAUUACCGACAAUAUAUCUCGCUCCUCAGCCAGAAGCUGACGACGUCUCUGGCCUCGAUUGUUCUACUCGAGGAAGAAUCCCGCGGAGGGCGCAACGCAGCGGAGCAGACUGCGUAUGAUCGUGCCACGCUCAAGGAAGAGUUGGCAGUCCAGACUAGAGAGGCGACCGAGUCUGUCAGAAUGUUUGAGGCCGUGGCUGAAUUUAUUCCCGUUGGCAUGACGUUUAGCGACGAGCAUGGAAAAAUCACGUUUGCAAAUGACGCCUGGUACAAAAUAACUGGAAUCCAUGGGCCAGUCGGGGAACAGGACUUUCUCGCCUCUGUUAUAGAAGAUGAUCGCCCGGCCGUCACGGCCGCGUAUGAGAGGCUCAAGACCACACACAACGUUGAGUUUGAGUUCCGCGUCAAGAGUCCCAACAGCUCAGGUGUUGAUGCUUCGCUGUCUCGAAACCCUCCUACCUUUGAUAAAGCCGGACUCGAUGUGGGCUCUGUCGAUGACGUGAAGGGGCGCCAUGUCCUGGCCAUUGCUAAAGCAGAACGUGCGUCUGAUGGGGGCAUUCUUCGGGUUCUGACAUGCUUGACCGACGUUAAGGCGCACAAGCAGGCAACCGCGGAAGCCGUGCGUCGAGCACAACAGGCUGAGAAUAUGAAGCGCAUGACCGAAUACGCCACAGUCGGCAUGUGCGAUAUGGACCUUGAUGGCCGAUUGCUUGAGGCCAACGAUGCCUUCUUUGAGAUGUGCGGUCUUGAGAAGGACGAUCCAACCAAGGCCGUCAUCAAGCCCUGGGAGACGUGUGUCCUCGAGGACGAUUACUCAUUGCUUACCGAUACGAUCGGUAAGAUAGCUUUGGAAGACAAGGUCCAGACGGUCGAGGUCAGGUUCAAGACAACAUGGACAACCGAAGAUGUCGCGGGCAAUGAGGUUGUCAUCCCGCGGUCAGUCCAGGCGACGCUAAUGCCUGUCCGGUCAACUGAGGGCAUCAUUCAGGGCUUCGCGGGCUGUUUGAGCGACGUCUCAUUGCAAAAGGCGCAGCUGGACAGAGAAAAGGAGCGAAAGGAAGAAGCAAUCGAAUCAAAGCGCCAACAGGAAAGCUUCAUUGACAUGACUUCUCACGAGAUUCGGAACCCACUGAGCGCGAUAAUCCACUGCGCAGACGCCAUUACCGCAACUCUAGCUCUAGUUCGGGAGCUCAUGUGUGGCGAGGCUUGCAAGGCUGUCGUCGCCGCCAACGUCGCCAAGGCUGCCAGCGAGGCAUCCUCGUCUCUUGAUAGCGAUGCUGAAGUGGUGGGCCCUCCUGAUGGCGAUGCUAAAGUGGUGGGCCCUCGAAGGGAUGAGGAUCAUUCAGAAAUCUGCAAUCUCGUGGAGACCAGCAUUGACAACGCCGAGACGAUUGUUGAGUGUGCACUGCACCAAAAACGGAUUGUGGACGACAUUCUGACAAUGUCGAAGCUCGACUCGAAUUUGCUUGCCAUUACACCUAUCACGGUCAACCCAGUCCAGGUGGUCCAGGAAGCUCUCAAGAUGUUUGGGGCUGAGGCGCGCAGAGUCGAAAUCAACCUCUCCAUGUUUGUCCACCAGUCCUACCGCGACCUGGGCGUCACAUACCUUGACUUUGACCCCUCUCGGAUGAAACAGGUGCUCAUCAACCUUCUCGCUAAUGCCUUCAAGUUCACCAAGUCAGGCCCGACUCGAGACGUGUUGGUCACUGUCAGAGGGAGUCUCACGCGGCCGACUGAAGCGACAAGCUCGGUACAGUUCAUACCACGUUCAGAAGAAACUGAUCAAGACUGCAGUCAGCCAGCUCUGCAAGGUCGCGGGGACCCGAGAUUCCUCAUUUUCGAGGUCAAGGACACGGGACACGGUCUAAGUGAGGAAGAAAGGAAGAGUCUUUUCCAACGCUUUGUCCAGGCUUCAACCCGUACUCACGUCAUAUACGGCGGCUCAGGCCUGGGGCUCUUUAUCAGCCGCCGCCUCAUCGGACUUCAGAAUGGAUCCAUCGGUGUUACCAGCGAGCCCGGCGUUGGCAGCACGUUUGCCUUCUACAUUGAAGCCUACGUCCCGACCGCAGGGGCCAUUUCUGAAGCCGAGGCCAGCAUGUCCCCCUCCAAUGCCGCGAAAUCGGCGCUGAAAGGGACUCGCAACGCCAAUAGUUUGGGCAAGAGAUCCUCUCUCAGCGAGGGCUCAGGCUCGGACGCACCGGCGGAAACCCUAGUUAUGAGACCAACGAACGAGCUAGCCAUGUCGUCCCCACCAAUAAGGGGUAUUCUGGCGGUGGAGGACAACAUCAUCAACCAACAAAUCGUGCGGCGGAGACUCUCGGCCCUGGGAUUUACCACCGACGUUGCAAACCACGGUGCCGAGUGUCUGGACAAGCUGCGCCUGUCAGAUCGCUAUAUAGAAACCGAAGACAAGGGCACUGGAGCUGGAGGAACGGCUCAGGGAAAAUUUCCCCUCUCGGUGAUUCUGAUGGAUAUCGAAAUGCCUGUUCAAGACGGGCUGACUUGCACGCGACACAUCCGUGAGCUCGAGCGCAAGGGCAACAUCACGGAUGGCCGCAUUGCGAUCAUUGCGGUGAGCGCGAAUGCCCGCGAUGAAAAAAUCGCAGAGGCUAAAGAAGCGGGGUGUGACGAGGUUUUGGUGAAGCCAUAUCGAAUGCGGGAGCUGACGGACACGAUGCGUACUAUCAUGGAAAGGAUAGCAGCGGAAACUCCGACAGUGGAAGACGAAACGGUGGAGGCAGGAUGA